CGCGGAGGAAGGGGGGGGGGGGCGGAGAGGAGUUCGCCCUUAAGGGCGCUGAGGGCGGAGAGGCCGUUGAGCAUGUGCAGAGCGCCGGCAGGACAGGGUCUCUGAAAGGAUGCCGCGGCAGCGUUUUCCUGAGCACGUGGGGAGUGCUUUCUUUUGCACGGAACCAAUGCCUGAAAAGGGUCUGCAAGAAAAAUGGCCCGCUGAAGAUUGGUGGCAGAUGUUGGCUGGCCAGAGCCAAAGGACUUGAUGGCUGGAGCAGUUGCAGAGAGAAGCUGUCUUGGGGGUUUCAAGAAAUGCUGGCCCCUUUGGGAGUCUGCAGGGACAUAGAUGGUUGGGGCUUAAAGUCCUGGAGAGUCUUUGUCUUAUUAUGGUCCUGAGAGGGGGCUGUCCCUGAGCAUGUGAAAAGUGCCUUUACCUGAGAAGAACGACUGCCACACUUUGCCCAAGGAACUCACCCUGUUUGUUAAGAUAAUGCAGAACAAAAUCUUUCAGAGAAAAGUCAUAAGGAUCAAGCCUCUCAAUUGUCCCUUAGCAGUUGAUCCGGUGCAAGGAGCCCAUCCGAAGAUGCCCCUCAGCUGUAUCCUUCUACCGCUUCUGCUACUCCUCAUCGCCGAGGGAGGUUGCGGCUCCCAGAAGCAGCAAGAUAAUUUAUUGGUUCUAACUGUGGCCACCAAGGAGACAGAAGGAUUCAGGCGGUUCCAGAGAUCUGCUCAGUUCUUCAGCUACAAGAUCCAGGUGAUGCUAACAGGCUGGCCUGGGUCUUGGGCUGGGCAGAGAGUGGCAUGCUUAGAGGCAACCCAGAAGAGCGCUGCGGGAGGUGGCCAGAAAGAUCAGAUGCUCUGUAAAUCAGCUUUGGAAGGCUAUUCAGACCAAGAAAACUUGGUCAUUCUCUUCACAGAAAGUUACGAUGUUGUCUUUGCAUCGGGGCCCGCAGAGCUGUUAAAGAAGUUCAGGCAGGCUAAGUCCAAAGUGGUCUUCUCGUCAGAGACUCUCAUCUACCCUGACCGGAGACUGGAAGCUAAAUACCCGCAGGUCCGAGACGGGAAGCGAUUCCUGGGGUCUGGAGGGUUCAUUGGCUACGCUCCGUAUCUCCUCAAACUUGUGGCAGAUUGGCAAGGGCAUGAUAGUGACAGCGAUCAACUCUAUUAUACCAGUGUCUUCUUAGAUCCAGAAAAGCGGGGAAACAUCAAUAUCUCUUUGGAUCACAAGUGUCGGAUCUUCCAAAACCUGAAUGGCGCUCUAGAUGAGGUGGUCCUAAAAUUCGAAAACGGUCGAGUGAGAGCACGAAACCUGGCAUUUGACACUCUCCCGGUUGUGGUUCAUGGCAAUGGCCCUACCAAGUUGCAGUUAAAUUACCUGGGAAACUAUAUCCCACAAACCUGGACCUUCGAAACAGGCUGCACUGUUUGCAGUGAAGGCCUGAGGAACCUCUCUCGCCUCAAAGACGAUGCUCUGCCCAUGGUUCUGAUUGGCAUCUUUAUUGAGCAGCCCACCCCUUUCCUCAACCCGUUUUUCCAAAGGCUGCAGAAGCUCCACUACCCGAAGAAACGGAUCCAGCUCUUCAUCCACAAUCACGAAGAGCAUCACCUCUCCCAGGUGGAUGAGUUUUUAGAGGAACACGGAGAAGAAUAUCACGCCGUCAAAGUGAUUGGGCCAGACGAUCAUGUGGAGAAUGCUGACGCACGGAAUAUGGGCAUUGAUCUGUGCAGGCAGGAUCCUGCUUGUGAAUAUUACUUUAGCAUCGAUGCUGAAACGGUGGUGAAAAACCCGGACACGCUGCGAAUCCUGAUGGAACAGAACAAGUUUGUGAUUGCCCCGCUUGUUGGCCGCUUGGGGAAGCUGUGGUCCAAUUUCUGGGGUGCCUUGAGCGCUGAUGGUUACUAUGCCCGCUCAGAGGACUACAUCGAUAUCGUCCAGGGGCGGAGAAUUGGGGUCUGGAAUGUCCCAUACAUCUCUAGCAUCUACCUGAUCAAAGGCAGCAUCCUUAGAUCUGAACUUGCCCAAGCUGUUCUCUUCCAUAGCGGGAAACUAGAUGCAGACAUGGCUUUCUGCCACAACAUCCGGGAGCAGGGCAUCUUCCUGUUCGUGACAAAUCAGCAGCACUUUGGGCACAUCCUGUCCUUGGAAAACUUGAAUUUACGCAUCUCUAUUGACCUUUGGCAGAUCUUUAGCUUAACAGAGGACUGGAAGGAAAAAUACAUCCACGAAAACUACACAGCGGCCUUAAAAGGCAAGGGAGUAGAAACGCCCUGCCCAGAUGUGUACUGGUUUCCUCUGUUCACCAAUGUUGCUUGUGACGAACUGGUAGAGGAGAUGGAGAAUUUUGGCCAAUGGUCCAGGGGAGACAACUCGGACAACAGGAUUCUGGGGGGGUACGAGAACGUGCCAACAAUCGACAUCCACAUGAACCAGAUCAACUUUGAGCGCGAGUGGUACAAAUUUCUCCUGGACUUCAUCGCGCCCAUCACAGAGAAGCUGUACCCUGGAUACUACACCAAAACCCAGUUUGAGCUGGCCUUUGUGGUUCGGUAUAAACCUGACGAGCAGCCGUCGCUGAUGCCACACCACGACGCAUCCACUUUCACAAUCAACGUUGCCUUAAACAGUGUAGGGGUUGACUAUGAGGGCGGAGGCUGCCGGUUCUUGCGCUACAACUGCUCCGUCAGAGCACCCCGGAAAGGCUGGACCCUCAUGCACCCAGGUCGCCUGACCCAUUACCACGAAGGCCUCCCCACCACCAAAGGGACCCGUUACAUUGCCGUGUCUUUUCUCGAUCCAUAGAGAUGCGCUUUCUGAAAAGAGAACACGAGGAAUAUCAUAUCAGAUUUUGCACCAAAAGAAAACAUCUUGGAAACUUUUUCACCAGGAUACGUAUUUGUGUUAUAAUUUCACACCCACACAGCUUCUCUAGAUUGGACCCCCUCCUGUUUCUGAUUCAUGUUCCUUAACUUGGAUUUCUACUCUGCAACAGGGGGGCGGGGGUCAUCUUGGUUUGACCAUUCUGCUGUUGUUUUGAAGAGGUGGGGAAGACACCUACCCCACCUGCUCCAUCUCUACUUUCUCCAGUCUGCAAACAAAAACUCGUUUCUGUUGGAAAGAACAAAGCUUGAAGCCGCAGCAUAGUUGAGAGCUGUGAAGGAUUGCAAGGUCCUUGCGUGGUGCUAUUUUUAGUGAAUUUAUUUUUAGUGCAUCUGAAUGCUCGUGAAUCCUUUGUAACUGAAGAAAGGGAUUCUCUCCAGUCAGUUAUGCCAAAGCAAAUGCCCAGAGAAUGCCUCUCGGUUAGAAGUCGCUCCCAAAGUUGGAAGCAUUCCACAAUCCAUAGCAGAAUAUGUGAACUCUCUUCAACUGGAGUUUGCCCCAUUUUCUGUAAGGAAGACACCAGAUCCAGGUGUGGCUGAAGGCAUUUUGCAGACCCACCUGCCCUCCUCCGGCCAGGUGGGUUCUGCUGCAAGAGCCUAUUUAACGUGGAACGGGAGGGAGGGCACAGGAGAGGGCAAAGGGCCUUCUAAGCCCCUUCUAAGCCCAUCUUCCCUGAACCUUGGAAGCUGGGUGGUGGCAGCCAGUUCAUUAUCCCCAGUUUAACCAGCUCAAGCUAGGCUGCUAGUUUUAUAAAUUCUCACUUCUGGAGAGCCUCUGAACUUGUGAAGAGAUCUUUGCUUUCCAGUGGAGAAAACAUGUUAUUUUUCUAAAACAUGUCAGUGGGUUCCAGUUCAAAAUGGAUCAUGAACAGUGUUCUUUUGUCUUCUGGCCUGUUUGAAAUAUCAGUGUAUGGAAUAGGAUAUAGUGCCUCUGAGCAUGCGCCAAGUGCCUCUGCUUCUGCAUAGUGCCAUCUUUAUUUUAAAUCAUGCAAAUAAGAAUACUUGACAGCUGCAGUUCUACUUUGGCAUCACGUUCGUUUUUUCUGGCAGCCACUGGGCAGAAGGAGAGGAGUCUGGCUGGACCAUUACAGCAAUGUGAGUGACAAAUGCACCUGUGCUCCAAUUACGUGCGCAGUUGUUUCUUUGCACUUUUGUGCUGUGUUCAAAGCUGCUCAGAUCCAGCACUGGUGAGAAGCUUUCCAAGAGCCGCACGUAUUUAUUCAAUAGAAUCAACCCUUAUUUUAGAUGUAUUAAAAAUCACUUAGAGGGUCUAGGUGUACAGAGUUUCAACUGGAGAUUUUUACAUUAAACCUUUUACAAAAACA